UAAAUUUUAUUAAAUUUGUUUAAAGCAGUUAAACUUUAAAUGUGUCCACAGAAUCAGUAUAAGUUGAAGUAGACUUGACUAUGUUUUAAGCGACAUCUUUUACUGUAAAUUAGUUCUUGAGGUAUAUGUAUAUCCAGGGGUUUUUUUUUGUUAUAGAACGUCCAGAACGGAGUUCCAGCACUUUUUUUGGAUGGAACCUUGUAGGGUAGGCAAGGCGGAUUGUAUAACGUGUGAGUUCCGGCACUUUUUUUUUUUUUUACAAAAAAUACCACUGUAUAUCCCAUGAAAUAAAUCCGAUUUUUUUACCUGGUUUGCAACACAAUUAACAGGGGAUUUGUAGCCAAAGCCAAACAGAUAAAACUUUGGGGGGGGAAAGCGUAAGCCAGGGGAGUCCUAGCGGUGAAGAAGAGGCCGAAUGAGAAAGGCGGCAAUGAAUGAAAACCCCAAGGGGAGGAGAUUCAGAGGCCAGGGGCGCAGGCGAGGUGGGGCUAAGUGUUGCGUACGCGGUUGGCGACUUUUGUGAGGCAGCGGCGGCAGCGAAUAGGGUGGUUGGUGUGCGUGAAAUGGGAAGGUGGCGACACUGGGAGAUUGCGACGCCCUCAGCAGCAGUAGCGUCUUCGUAUUCAUGGAGAUUUUUCCUCCUCCUUUUCUGUAUUUCUCUGCCUUUCCUAAGGUGGUGGUGGCGGCGGCGGCAGCAGCAGCGGAAGUGACGGUCAGUGUGGGGUGCUUGUCGUUGGGGGAAGAUGCCGACUGUGGCUGUGCUAGGCAAACCAGAAGGUAAACAACUGUGACAGGGAAGGGAGAGGCAGGGAUUCUGGGAGGGGGACGAAGCAGCAGGGCCCGGCAAAAGCCAGUGCCCGGACAUUACCGCCGAAAGAGGCCUUUCUCACGAACGCGUUGACGAAGAUAUAUCCUGGGCGCAACACCUCAGUUGCCAUGUCCAGCUACUUCAGCCCGACUGUGAGACUCUCCUCCUCCUCCUCCUCCUCCUCCUCCUCUAUCGUUAUGUCCCCCAAAGACCGCCCCUCUUCGUAGGGUCAGCGGGAAGAUCUGCAUCUUCAGCGCUGCUGAGAGGUGAUUCAUGGCAGGGGACGUGGAAGGAUUUAGUUCCUCCAUCCAUGACACCAGCGUCUCAGCUGGGUUCAGAACACUGUAUGAGGAGGGAUUACUGCUUGAUGUCACUCUUGUCAUUGAGGAUCACCAAUUUCAAGCUCAUAAAGCACUUCUUGCCACCCAAAGCGAUUACUUCAGGAUUAUGUUUACUGCUGAUAUGAGGGAACGAGAUCAGGACAAAAUCCACUUAAAAGGACUGACAGCAACAGGCUUUAGCCAUGUUCUCCAGUUCAUGUACUAUGGCACUAUUGAACUGAGCAUGAGCACUGUUCAUGAGAUCCUGCAGGCUGCCAUGUAUGUUCAACUUAUUGAAGUGGUGAAGUUCUGCUGCUCCUUUCUCUUAGCAAAAAUAUGUUUGGAAAAUUGUGCAGAAAUUAUGAGACUUUUAGAUGACUUUGGUGUAAACAUUGAAGGAGUAAGAGAAAAACUGGAUUCCUUUUUGUUAGAACAUUUUGUGCCUCUCAUGGCCAGACCUGAUUUUUUGUCCUAUCUCAGUUUUGAAAAGCUUAUGACUUAUUUGGAUAAUGAUCAUCUGAGCAGAUUCCCAGAGAUAGAACUCUAUGAGGCUGUUCAGGCUUGGCUGCGGCAUGAUAGAAGACGCUGGAGACAUACCGACACCAUCAUUCAGAAUAUCAGGUUUUGUUUGAUGACACCAUCCAGUGUUUUUGAAAAGGUGAAAACUUCAGAAUUUUAUCGUUAUUCCAGACAGUUACGGCACGAAGUGGAUCAGGCUAUGAAUUACUUCCAUUGUGUGCAUCAACAGCCUUUGAUGGAAAUGAAAUCAAAUCGCAUCCGUUCUGCCAAACCCCAGACUGCAGUAUUUAGAGGAAUGAUAGGACACAGCAUGGUAAAUAGCAAAAUCCUCCUCCUGCACAAGCCAAGGGUCUGGUGGGAGUUAGAAGGCCCACAAGUACCUUUGAGACCAGAUUGCCUUGCUAUUGUUAAUAACUUUGUAUUCUUAUUGGGUGGGGAAGAGUUGGGGCCAGAUGGUGAAUUUCAUGCUUCCUCCAAGGUGUUCCGUUAUGAUCCAAGGCAAAACUCUUGGUUGCGAAUGGCAGAUAUGUCUGUGCCACGGUCAGAAUUUGCUGUUGGUGUUAUUGGAAGAUACAUCUACGCAGUAGCUGGAAGAACAAGAGAUGAGACAUUUUAUUCAACCGAACGAUAUGAUAUUACAGAAGAUAAGUGGGAGUUUGUAGAUCCUUAUCCGGUCAAUAAAUAUGGACAUGAAGGAACUGUUCUUGGCAGCAAGUUGUACAUCACUGGUGGAAUAACAUCGUCUUCUACAUCCAAACAGGUUUGUGUGUUUGAUCCCAGUAAAGAAGGGACAGUGGAGCAGCGAACAAGGAGGACUCAAGUGGUGACUAAUUGUUGGGAAAACAAAUGCAAAAUGAAUUAUGCAAGAUGUUUUCACAAAAUGCUUUCCUAUAACGGCAAGCUUUAUGUUUUUGGAGGUGUCUGUGUAAUUCUGAGAGCCUCGUUUGAAUCUCAAGGAUGCCCUUCUACAGAGGUUUACGAUCCAGAUACUGAUCAAUGGACAAUUUUGGCUUCUAUGCCAAUUGGUAGAAGUGGCCAUGGAGUGGCUGUUCUGGACAAGCAGAUAAUGGUUCUUGGAGGCCUUUGUUACAAUGGUCACUACAGUGAUUCAAUUCUUACUUUUGACCCUGAAGAUAAUAAAUGGAAAGAAGAUGAAUAUCCGAGAAUGCCCUGCAAACUUGACGGUUUACAAGUUUGUAGCCUACAUUUUCCUGAGUAUGUGCUAGAACAUGUUAGACGUUGUAGUUAAAACAACAGACUUAAGAAAGUAUUCAUGAGAAAAGCAGAGUAAAGUAGAGGGAAAUAAAGCAAAUUAAAUGUCACUGACCUGUAUAAUAUACAUCUUAAUAAAGAAAAAAGUGUACAGGAAUGCAUUUACAAAGUUUAUUAGGAAUGCCAAUAACUGCAGUUUCAUAAUGAUUAAUUUUUUUUACAUAUUAUAUGGUCUGAGAAGAGAGAAAAUAAAAGAUGUUCUUCCAUUUUAUUUGUUAUAAAACCAUGUAAUAGACACACAUGAACACAUGUCUUUGUAAACAAAACUUUAUGGUUCAGAAAAUACUGGAACAUAUUGUUUCUGAAAGGUGGUUCAAAAGCAAAUGUAUUGUGCAUUUAAAUUUUUUAAACAGGUGAAAAUUUCGGCACCCUUACUAGAACAUAUUCUCUUCUAAUAUAGUAGUGCAAUGGUUUUUUUUGUUUUAAGUACAUAAUUUGUUUUUUGGAUACUUCUUUUUCACUUUUAUGUCCCCUGAACAAAUUUGACACAUCAUCUUUUGAUAUUGGUCACAAUUUAAAAUAGUUUUCUAUUUUUUUAUAUGAUUUUCCUUAGUUUUAUGCAAUAGUUCCAGUUAGUCUUGCUGAAAAAUAAGUUUCUCAAAGUAACAGUUUUUUAUGAAAAUUCUAGACUGCCUUUGUUUUAAUUGUGAAAAUAAAAUUUAUGUAUACAGUAUGGUCAAAAUUAAAUGCAUAUUUUUGUGCAGCUAAAAAUCUAUUUUUAAAGUGCACAGAUAUCAGCCAUAUCUGUAGAAUUUUAGCUGUGAUGGUAUCCUUUCAUAUAUACAUUUAUUGGAUAAUUGAAAGCUUCAUUGUCAUUAAUGUAUAUAUGUUUGGUAUCUGCUGACUGAUGGAAUAAUAUUUGAAGUCCUUUUAAUGCAAAUAAGGAAGAAAGUGAAGAAAGUGUGUGUAAUUUUUAAAGGUUUUCCAAGUUUUAUCAUAUUAGUGCUUUGUCCUGAAGAUAUACAUAAUGUCUAUAAUAAGCAUAAAAUCUCCUCUCUAUGAGAAGAUAAUUUUCUCCAGGUAUUACCAGCUAUUGACAAAACCAUUUCCUUGCACUGAUUAAGCUAUUGUACUUAAAAACAGAGAUUUGACUGACUCAGCAUUAUUUCAGCAAACUUGAAAAUAUUACUGGCUUCACUAUUUCUAAAUAAGGUGGAUGGCCAGCACAGGGAUCCUGUAUCCCUUGAAAUUUUGUUGAACUACAACACCCAACCUCAGUCAACAAGGCCGGUUGUAGUUGGCAAAAUUUGGACUUCCCAUCUCUGGACAAUAGGAUGUUUUUAAAAGCACUCUCUAAAUCUAUAGAUGCAUGUCGGGAAAUGAAUGAUAUCCCUCAAUCUGAAUAGAACCUUGGAUUGAUAAUGAACUUUAUCUCUUCAAAGUAAUUUGGAAAUGUGAAAAAUAAUACUUGACAAUUUGAAACUUGCUUACUCGAGACAGACUGCUGAAAUGGUUUCAUGAGACUCAAAUGCUCAUGUAAAACAAAGAUAUAAGCUGCACAAUUUUAUUUCAGCACUUGGGGAACCUCUAUACAACAACAUGCUAUAUUCUUGGAGUUUAAAAUUAUGCAUGUGAUAAGUUCCCAAUUUGUGUUGUGUUAAACAGCAACAUACUUGACUGAAGCAAAUGAGGCUCUAAUGUUUAUAUAAUUGUGUUCUUUCCAAGCUUUUCUCUCUGAAAGAUAAAUUUAUGGGGCAAUAUUACUUUGUGAUUAUCUCAAAGAUCACAAGUAUAAAUUACCCAUGUAAUAAUAUGCUAUGUUUACUGAGGUCAUGUUAUAUUAAAAAAGGUAGACCAAAUUUUCUCAUUAGUUUCUUGUACACAGACAAUAUUUAAAUGUUCAUAAAUUUUUUGUUUCUGAAAAAAGCAUCUAAUUAGCACAAAUUCAAAUGCACAUUAAACCAAAAGUGAUCCUCUUGUUUGUGUAACUUAUGUUUACUUCUUUUAAUAUAGACAUUUACAGUUACUAACCUUACUAAGAUGCAACCAAAGCUUCAUUCUGCAAUUAACAACAUAAUAAGAUAAACAGAAUUUAUGCGAUAGGGAAAAUGUAAUGCCAGAGGUCAACAGUUUAAGAGCAAAACAACCCUGUUUGUAUUCAGUUUUGAAGGCAUAUUGGUAUACAGUAUAUCGCCAGUAAUUCCUGAAUGAAUAAAAUAAUUCUGAUCUUUUAUUCAUAAAAUAAAAGUAGCAUACUAAUGUGUAUAUACACACAUUCAUUCGUUAUUUCUAUUUUGCUAUAGACCUAUUCAUUUCUUUAUUAGUAUAUAGAAUAUAGCAUAUAAAGAGGGGGAAAUUGUAAAUGAGUUUAAUCCACAGCAUGUUUCAAAAUGUGAUGUAUAACUUCUCACAUCCCAUUUUAAGAACUUAUGUUGCCAGAGGAACAUAAUCUAAGUUUCUCAAAAUAAGUACAGUUUUUCAGUAACUUCUUGAAUUUUUGCUCACCAUAAAAUUUACUUUUAUUUUAUUUAGUCUAUUCAUUAGAGUAAAAUUAACUAAUUCUAGAAGUGUUUGUGAUAGCAGGAUAAGAUCAGAUAAAAAUGGAAGUGAUUUUUUUCCCCCAAGUACAUUAAAGAGCUACUUUUGUAUCAUGUUAAUUAUUACAUGUAUGAAGAGCAGAGAACCUUAGGCACUUACUGUUGCUGCUUCACUAUGGUUGCUAUGAGAUCAAAGACUUGGCUGUAAGAAAAUGAGAGUUUUUGAUUACAUCUAACUUGGGGAAAGUCAUUAGGUUAGGCUUAAGCGAUGGCUUACCUGCCUGGCUUUUAAGUAAUCUCAAAGGGCUUCUAAGGCCAAGGUCUUCACUGCUUAUAUAUAAAAUAUUUUUUACAAAAUAUACCAAUGUGUGUCUACCCAUGCAGAGUUGAUAAAUUAAAGGCAUUUUUACUCUAAGAGUGCUUUUAAAACAGGAAUCCUCCAUAUCCAAGUUAUAUGCUAUGUGGCCUGAUCAAUACCUAAAUCAUCUUGGGUAUCACAUAGAAGAGGAGUUUUAAAAAAUAAUUUAUUACUGAGACAAUAGCAAAGUUAUGAAAUAUAUUAAUAGAUAUUUUAUGAAUUGCUUUCUUAAUUAUAGUAAGUUAUCUGAAAAGGCACAUUAAAUGAAAUGAAGUGGAACUAUGCUGCUUGUGCUUUUUAUUUAAUUUCUCAUCCAUUGUAAUACAAGAGGCUGGUUGUUUGCAUACUUAAUGGACAGUUAGCUUAAAUGAGUUACUGAGCCGAUACUUAAAGUUAGCCUAUGUAGGAUAUCAGCCUUAAGUUUUUCAAACCUGCUGUUACAUACACUGGAUAAAAAUACAACUUAUUUAUUUUAACAUGAAUGUUGAUUUUGUUUCUUUGAUUAAAAGGCAAAUAUUCUUCACCUUAUAAAUGUCAGAUGAUUUCUAACCUAUUAUGUAUCUUCAUUUGGUUCAUGAUAAUAUUCUAAAUUGUACUUUCUUGAAAUUCCUGUGCAUAUGAAAAUAAGGUUACAAGAGAAAAGGAUGUAAGAAUGUAGCAAGUACAGCAAUUAUUCAUCCUUUUGGUAUUAAGAAUUGUAGUUCUUUGGUAUUUUUCCAUGUCUGUCACAACUAUAAUUUCUUUAUUUAAAUGUAUUUAAAACAUAGCUACUCAACCUAUACUGAACUUUGAGCAAUUUCCAAAUUGUUGAUUCCUAUGCUCUCCUAAAAAGCUCACUAUUUAGUUUAAACCAUUUUCAUUUCAAGAAUAAUUAAAAUGCCAACUUUAGUGGCAAAUUGGAAGAGGAAGGAAACAAGAACAUUUUUAGAGGAGUUAGACAUAAUGCACUAGACCAGGGUGUCAAACUGCCGGCCCGCAGGCUGGAUGCAUCAUAGCAAAACCACGCCCAUCCCAUUGCCGGCAAUGGCAAAAAAGUCGUGAUACAUCGCAACACGUCACAUGACGUUGUGAGUUUGACACCCUUGCACUAGACUAAGGCCUGUUCAUUUCAUUUGGGAGUCUGUAUAUAUAUAAAAAAAACACUUGGCAGUGUUAGAAGAAAAAAAACGGUUUAUUCUUAAGAAGAAAUGUCUCUCCAAAAACUCUAGUGUCUUGCAGCAAUUAAUGAAUGUUUACAUGUGCUUUAUAAAUUAUUUUUUAAAACAAAUUACUCUAGAAAGCCCAUUCUUAAAUUUUAUCUUAUGGUGUGUUCAUGUUGAUACAACUUACUUGUGAAUAGUAUUUCCUAUACUAUUUAACGGAGAAAAGUAGUACAAGUAAAAUGGGAAGAAUACCACAUGAAAAAAACCAGACACCAAAUAAACACUUUAAGCAUGAUUUGUAUGUUCAUUUCUUAUAUUAAGUUACUCAGUACUAGAAGAAAGGUGAUCACAUGUAAAACUAUAACAACCACUAGGCUAACCUCGUAGAGUCCAUCACUGCUCAUUUUUUAUUGUUAUAAAGUGGUUGAAUGAAAAUUCUGAAAUUUCUUAUCAUAUAAGCUGAUAUUCCGAAGAAAUGGAAUUAAAGAAUAAAAUUCCAUCUCUAAAGUGAGAAUAUUUAUACAUAAUUCAAGAAUAUUUCUUAGUAUCAGUAUAAAUAAGAAAUAAGGGCCAAUACCUGAAAACAAAACUUGCUUAAAGUUCCAUAACCAGAAAAUACUUUCUCUCAAUUUUAUGGCAUUGUAGCAUUACAAGAUUUAUUCAACUUUUGAAAAAAAAAAAAGGGACAGAGACAAACAUUUGAAUAAAAAUCAGGACUACUUAUUCUGAAUUAAAUUAAUAAAUCUUGAUUAGGAUUAAAUUUCAUAUGUGUUUUAUAAAGGGAAUUUCAAACACUACACCAAAUUUUGAGAAUAUAUUAGUAACAAUAGUUGGAGAUGUUGCUGUUGCAGGAUGGUUAUGCAUAAGCCAAUGCUGCUUUUCAACGUAUCUAAUAAAUGUUUGCAUGUUAAUUUCAGUUACCUUUGAAUUGUGCUAUAAUAAAUUGGAAUACUUUAUUCAAAUAUGCACUGUGCAUUCUAAUAAUUACCUGAAGCAGUUGUGAAACUGCAAUCUUUUAAUAUUCUUAAAAACAUUAAUUCUUUGUAAACGUUCAUCUGACUCAUCCUGUGAAUCCAUUAUGUUCAGUCAUGCAUAUAUACUCUGUUUUUAAGCGAGGUGUAAAAAUUUGUAUAUAAAUAAGAAUGUAAAUAAAAUAUUUUUAAUUUUCA